UUAGAUUGGAAAACCCAGCUCCCCCUUAGCAGUCUGGGUGGCACCCAGUAGGCCCCACCCCUCUCACACACUCGGUGGAAGUACUUUGGGAUCUCUGUGCCGCUGUUCGGGUUCCCCGGAAAUGAUCGGGCUUGCUGCCACCCCUGAGGUUUCUCUGGCAGAUGAGCCGGUGAGGAUUCGUGCUUGGGGGCUCCCCCCGCAGACAGCGAUCACCCUGAGAGCCUGGGUACGGGAUGAGAAAGGGGACAUAUUCCACUCCAGGGCAUUUUACCAGACUGACGCAGAGGGCAAAGUGGAUCUGGAGCAGUCGGAAGCCACAGGGGGAGAUUUCCAUGGCAUUUACCCUAUGGGACUGUUCUGGGCUCUAAAACCAACCACCCCGUACCGGAGGCUGAUAAAACGGGAUGUUAUGGGGAGCCCUUUCCUUGUGCACCUGGAGCUGUAUCCUUCUGUGCUGCUUGUCCCCUCCGAGGAUCAUCUUCCUGCCGUCACUACAGUGGUAGAGAGGUGGUAUGUAGCUCCAGGGGUGCAACGGCUGCAGGUCAGAGAUGGACGCGUCCGAGGGGCACUUUUCCUCCCACCAGGCGCAGGUCCCUUCCCAGGAGUCAUUGACAUGUUUGGUAUGAUUGGAGGCCUCGUGGAGUUUCGGAGCAGCCUAUUGGCCAGUAGAGGGUUCGCCUCUCUCGCCCUCGCUUACUUUGCUUAUGAAGAUCUUCCAAAAUUUAUGCCAACAAUGGACCUCGCAUACUUUGAAGAAGCAGCACAGUUUCUACUGAGGAAUCCUAAAGUGUCGGGGAAUGGAGUUGGAGUGGUCGGAGUGUGUAAAGGGGCAGAGAUUGCACUGUGUAUGGCCUCUUAUUUGCCGCAGGUUCAAGCUACAGUCUGUAUCAAUGGGACCAAUGCAGUUAAUGGCAACUUUCUUACUUAUGGGAAUAUUUCUAUGGGGGCAAUCCCCUACCAGAUACAUAAAGUUCAGUUAUACUCAGAAACCAUGCAAUUUAGCUCCACUUUAGAGGACCCCAUGAAGUUGGGAUGUCAGGAUUCUGUCAUUCCCAUAGAGAGAGCCCGGGGCCCCGUCCUUUUCUGCGUUGGAGACAAAGACCAGAAUUGUGAGAGUUUGUUCUUUGCAAAUGAAGCUUUAGCUCGGGCAAGGAAAAAGGGCAAGCAGAAUGUGUAUGUGCGGCGUUACCCAGGGGCGGGGCAUCUCCUGGAGCCCCCCGGCUCUCCUUUCUGCCCUGUUUCCCAAUCCCCUAUCUUCCCCCUUCCUGUAAUAUGGGGUGGGGAGCUUGUGCCCCACUGUACAGCCCAGGAAACAUGCUGGAGAGAGAUGCGGGAUUUUCUCCAUAGCAAUCUUGCCCCCAGUACCAAGAGUAAGUUAUAGGGAACAGGAUCCUUAUGGCUUCCCUGCAUUGUCCCAUUAUAUCCUGGACUUCUGAUUGGAUUAUUUGUAUCAUCACCUCCCAGUGGAAAUGCUGGUGCUCCUGGCUGGGCUGCACUGUAUGUGAGAGGGGAGAGGGACAAGCCUGGGACACACAGAGGCCAUUGUUAUCUAUAAAUGCCAUGAAACCAUUUAUUAUACAUGUAUGUGCUGAUUCCCAUUCUAAAACAAUAAAAGAACUGCACACACACUA